UCGUACCGCCGUAGAAAGAAAGAAAGAAAGAAAGAAAGAAAGAAAGAAAGAAAGAAAGAAAGAAAGAAAGAAAGAAAGAACACACAGGAAGAAAGAAAUUGCAAAGAAAAUGGCGGAUUCGACAUUUCCAGCAGCUAAUGUGGAUGCAGAAUUGAAUCCAGGAACUAACAAGAACUUUGAGGAAGACAGUGGAUCGUCUCUAGUAACUACCUCCAAGGAAAUCAAGGACAAAUUAGAGGCUGAAGAGAGAAAGCAGCAGAAGGAGAAGGAGAAGGAGAGGGAGAAGGAGAAGAAAGAUGCAGCGCAGACGCUCAAGAAAAGCAUUAUUAUCUCAGCGGUGGUCGUGGCUGUAGUUGGCGCGAUAUUUGCCCUAACCAAGAAAUUGAGAGAGAAGUGAACUUCGACGCCGAACCAAAUAGAAGCAAUAUGGCAAAAUUUUGCAUCCUUCUUCCCUCCAUUUGCUUCUCUUUCUUCUACCGUUGUUAUUUUGAAAUGAACAUGCAUGAUAUCCAUUUGGACACCCUGCGUAUGUACUUUCAGUUAAUUUGACGUAGAUUAAUUUGGUAAUUCUCUGUCAAGUGUCAACUAUAUAUAUACAUUAUGAAAUUGUGUAAGGAAACAUAUGCAAUCUAUUACAAUGUUCCUUUUGUUGUUUUCCCAAGAA